AUGGCUGGACACGAUUUGUUUGACUCGGCAGCCAACGCACGCCGAGCCGAGCAGCAUGUCGAGCUAGGGUCGCAGCUGAAGGCGUUGACUGAGGCUAUUGAGCUCUACGACGCCUCGACGAACGCCGAACCGUCGUUCGAAGCCUCGAAGACCGCCCCUCUCUUCGUCCCCCUCCUCAUCCGCGACUCGCUCCCGUCCUGGAUCGACGUCAAAGAACGCCUCGGCCGAUUCUUCGGCAUCGCGAACAUGGAGAUGGGCGAGAUGGACGCGGGUGAGUACGGCGUUGGGCUGGUCGCUCGUGCGCUGCGACGGACGGUCGACUUCGAGGGCGAGGAGGCGCAGUUUGCCAACGCCGUCAAGAAUCUCGUCAGGCUUGUCCAGAUUGAACUUCCGGACGAGUAA